CUUUUCAGAACCUCUACACAGGGUUGCAAAAUUCCUCCUCCUCUCCACAGUGAAAGUGGAGAAGCAGGAGCAAGGAGAGGAGGAACGAAGAUGAGAAGGGGGAGGGGGUAAACACACCCAGACGGAAAAGAGCCAUGUCUGACAACGAAAGAAGGAAUUACAAAGACACAGAAGGAGAGAAAAUGGCAGGAGUAGAGAAUACAUGCAAAUGAGGAGCCGCAUCAAUCGUUGGAGACACAAAUGCAUUGUGUGCGUUUGCAAUGAAAGGGCAGGCAUAGCAUAGUGACUGGUGCUGCUGAGCACCAAUCUCUCUUCUGCCUGUGAUCCCCCCCCUGCAGCUUGGCACCAUCCAGCCAGGCGAGGACAGAAGGAGGCUUUCCAGGGCUUUUUGAUUUGGGAUUUGUAUGAAUAUGAGAGGAUUUGGAGCACGUCGCCGCCACAGCCGCUACUCUUCUUUCCCACCGCGCGUGUGAGGCGUGGAGAUUCAUCCGGUUUUGCCUCGCUCCCCUCCCUGCGUGGCUGUUAUGGUCCGGACUGAGAAUCAGGGCAUCACCGGGACGCGGGGCUCCGGCUGACUCCAGCCAUGGGGGCCAAACAGAUGAAAUGCCUCAGCUCAGCCAGCCCCGUGCGCUCCCCCAAAGAGGAGCACGCGGUCAUCCGCUCCGGCGACACGCCCGGACAUGAAACCAUCCGUGAUCAGCCUGAAGAGCAGUUAGCGGGACCGGGCCAGGACAAAUCCGAGCAUUUCACAGAGGAGGUUUCGCUCUGCGGGCUGUGCCCCUCCCUUGGGCAAAAUGUGCCAGAGGAGGAGAAGUCCUGGGAGGAGCAGCUGGAUGUCCACCAGGAGCAGCUGGAGCGGGAAAUGCAGGGAGCCAGGAGGAUGGUGUUCCGCCUCCAGGCUUUGCUCCUCAAUGGCUCCCUCCCAGAGGACGACCCAGGUGGAUCUGUGAGUUUGGGAGAGAACCGGGCCAACGGCGAGCAGCAGCUGGUUCUCACGCGCAGCCGCCUGGACCAAAGCAUGGAGGAGGCCCUUGAUCUCAAACGGGAGCUCCUGAGACACAAACAGGAGGUGCGCCAUAUUCAGGCCAUCAAGGAUGCCCUGCAGCAGCGGCUGUCUGUGCAGGAAGACGUCGUGCUGCAGCUAAAGCAGGAGCUACUGAGGAGCAACAUGGCCAAAGAACAGCUGGAAGGGGAAAAUGCGGUGCUCAAAGACAAGCUGAGCGAACGCAACAAACUGCUGGGCGAGUACGAGCAGCAAGUCGGGAGGAAGGACAGGAUGCUGCAGCAGCAAAAGCACGACGAGGCUCAGCACAAAGCGCGUGAUGUUAGCCACAAUUGGUCAUUUCGGAGUGAAGGUGGUUACAGCAGCUCUCUUCCAGCAUUCCAGCACACCACACCCGGUGAGGAGCUGCAGCUGGUGAGGGAGGCCCUGCGUAGUUUGAGAGACAACUUUUCCGGUCACGACCCCCAGCAUCACACCUUGGACACCUUGGAGCAGGGCGUGUCAAGCCUCAUGGAGCGCCUGCACUCACACGCCCAGCGACGGCACAACAAAGGGGAGGAAUUUAAAUCGCCCGGCCGCAGAGCCAACUCUUCAGAUCGAGAAUCGUGGCCGCCGACCUCAAAAAUGGCUCACUCUCACAGCAGCCCGGGGUUGGAUGCCUCCGUGUCUACGAAAGUUCUCUACUUCACCGAUCGCUCCCUCACCCCUUUCCUCAUCAACAUACCGAAAAGGCUGGGCGAGGUGACGCUGCGAGACUUCAAGACCGCCGUGGACCGUCAAGGCAGCUUCAGAUACCACUUCAAAGCGCUCGACCCGGAGUUUGGCACCGUCAAAGAGGAGGUAUUCCAGGAUGGUGCAGUGGUGCCUGGCUGGGAAGGAAAGAUUGUAGCAUGGGUGGAGGAAGAUCAUGGAGAGAGGAGGUAGAAGUCCAAAAAAAACAAAAAACCUCAGUUGUGUUCACUGAAGCAGAACUUGACUGAAAACUCUCGGGACCAAUGGACUGAAAUAAAGUGUGGGAAAUAUUUUACGUUGAGGAAUGCUCGCCAGAUGCCGUUUACGCCUCAUAAACCCGGACAUGAAAUCAGUCAAUUUGAUCCUAAUGGUCCCUCAUGAAAAUAAUUUAAAUAACAGUAUUGAUAAAAGACAGGGUGGAUGUUUACUGCCAUUUUCCACAAGUUCUAGAUUGCCAAAUAGUGGAUGUUUGUGCCACUCUUCACUUUCAAACGAUGUUUUAAUAAACAUUCAUUAUCGCA